AAAAACUUCAUUCCUCGCUAGUCUUCUGUGCCAUAAAAACCUGGUUAAUAUGUACGGCUUAGACAUAUUCAGAUCGAACAAGCACAUUUGAAAGAGAAAACGAUCAAAUUCAUGAAAUUAAAAUCCAUGAUGAAGCUGCAGGCUUCAGUCUCCACUUGCUCACACAUGUCUGGUGGUGUCUUUCUUCUUUGUGUGGUUGUCUUUCUAAAGUUUUGCUCAGGGCUUGCAGUGUCGACUCACUCAACGGUUGAGUUUCUCCCUGGGUUCCAGGGAAUUCUUCCUUUUCAUUUAGAAACCGGGUAUGUCGGCGUCGGUGAAUCGGAGGAAGUGCAGCUUUUCUACUACUUUGUCAAGUCUGAGAGGAAACCUGACAAAGAUCCUCUGUUUCUUUGGCUAACAGGGGGUCCUGGUUGCUCUGCCUGGUCCGGCCUUGUCUUUGAAAUAGGUCCACUAAGAUAUAAGGUAGAGCAGUACAAUGGAAGCCUCCCGACAUUAGUCUUAAAUCCCUUCUCAUGGACAAAGGUAUCCAGCAUAAUAUUUGUAGAUUCACCGGUAGGUACUGGAUUUUCUUAUGGAAGGACUUCCAUGGCAUCUCAAUCUGGAGAUUUCAAACAAGUGGAUCAUCUCCUCCAGUUCUUCAGAAAGUGGUUGAUUAAUCAUCCAGAAUUUAUCUCGAAUCCAUUCUACAUUGGUGGGGAUUCGUACUCUGGCCUUACUGUCCCUGUCCUUGUCCAGCAGAUCACAAAGGAAAACGAAGGCGGCAUCAUACAAUCUAUAAAUCUUCAGGGAUACUUACUUGGAAACCCGGGAACAGAACCAGGUGAAGGGAAUUUUGCAAUCCCAUUUGCUCAUGGAAUGGCACUUAUAUCUGAUGAGCUCUACAAGUCAUUGGAGAAAAGUUGUGGAGGAGAAUACAUAAACGUAAAACCCAGCAAUACAGAGUGUCAGAAACAUCUUCAAGCCUAUGACAAGUGCGUUUCAGGAAUUGAUAAAGCAUAUAUUUUGGACCCCUACUGCAGUUUUAGUUCUCCAAAGCCACAAGAUGGUAGAUAUGAAAGAAGGUUGCUCAAUGAGAAAUAUCAAGCAGUUACUGAUUCUGAAUCACUACCCACGUUGGGCUGUCGUGAAUAUGAGCACUUGCUCUCUAGAUACUGGGCCAACGAUCCUGAUGUCCGCCAAGCACUACACAUAAGAAAUGGAAGUAUAGGGCAAUGGCAGCGAUGCAAUUUUGACUUACCUUAUCAGCGUGAGGUCCAUAACAGCUUCCCGUAUCAUGUAAAACUUAGUACUAUUGGCUAUCGGUCUUUAAUAUACAGUGGAGAUCAUGACAUGUUGGUACCAUACUUAGGGACUCAAGCAUGGAUAAGAUCUUUGAAUUAUUCCAUUGUUGAUGAUUGGAGGCCAUGGCUUGUCAAAGGCCAAGUAGCAGGGUACACAAGGACUUACUCCAAUAGGAUGACAUUUGCAACUGUUAAGGGGGCAGGGCACACAGCUCCUCAGUACAAGCCUGAAGAGUGUUUCGGUAUGUUUAAGAGGUGGAUAGAUUAUGAACCUCUCUAAUCUUAUUCAUCUCCACCUCCUCUGCUUCAAUUUGUACAUGCAUUGCACGAUUUGGCACUGCUGCGGCACUGCCUGCCAAGCCAAGCUUACUUGUAUUUACAUGUUCCACUUUUUGCUACACAACAAUUGUAGAACUCAUCUCUCUCUCUCUCUCUCUAUAUAUAUAUAUAUAUAUAUCCAUCUCAAUAAUGGCAAGCACGGAUUGGCAAUAUGAAUCGUUGAAUCAUGGCCUCCUAAAGUGGAUAUUGUAAUUCAAUCUAAAGAACACCAAAAAAGCUCUUGGUUUCCAAAAAAUAAAAAUAAAAAAAUAAAAAAUUCCUUUACUAAUUUAGUUUUAA